CACCCCCCACCGCCCGGCCGGCCCGGGGGCGCGCUGGGGGCAGGGCGGGCGCCCCGGCGAAGCCCGAGGGACGCGCGCGCGAGGCCCCUUUGUGGACUUCGCGGCUGCCAACAUCUGGACGCAAGGCGGGCCACCCACCGCUGGCCGCCGUGCCUUGGGGACCGUAGGAGGCGCAGCCCCGAAGCCAGAGACUUCGGUUUGGGACCAGCCCCCCGGGAUGCGGUAGCGGCCGCUGUGCGGAGGCCGCCGAGCAGCUGCAGCCGCCGCCGCCGCCGCGCAGAUCCACGCUGGCUCCGUGCGCCAUGGUCACCCACAGCAAGUUUCCCGCCGCCGGGAUGAGCCGCCCCCUGGACACCAGCCUGCGCCUCAAGACCUUCAGCUCCAAGAGCGAGUACCAGCUGGUGGUGAACGCAGUGCGCAAACUGCAGGAGAGUGGCUUUUACUGGAGCACCGUGACGGGCGGCGAAGCGAACUUGCUGCUGAGCGCCGAGCCCGCGGGCACCUUCCUCAUCCGCGACAGCUCGGACCAGCGCCACUUCUUCACCCUCAGCGUCAAGACCCAGUCGGGGACCAAGAACCUGCGCAUCCAGUGCGAGGGGGGCAGCUUCUCUCUGCAGAGCGACCCCCGGAGCACGCAGCCCGUGCCCCGCUUCGACUGCGUGCUCAAACUGGUGCAUCACUACAUGCCCGCCGCCGGCGCCCCCUCGUUCUCCUCGCCCCCCGCUGAACCCUCCUCCUCGCCCUCCUCGGAGGUGCCUGAGCAGGCACCGGCCCAGCCCCUCCCCGGGAGCCCCCCCAGGAGAGCCUAUUACAUCUACUCGGGGGGCGAGAAGAUCCCUCUGGUGUUGAGCCGUCCCCUCUCCUCCAACGUGGCCACUCUCCAACAUCUCUGUCGGAAGACCGUCAAUGGCCACCUGGACUCCUACGAGAAAGUCACCCAGCUGCCUGGGCCCAUUCGGGAGUUCCUGGACCAGUACGAUGCCCCGCUUUAGGGAGCAGAGGGGGCAGGGGUAGGGCGAGGGGGCCUGGGUCCCCUCUCCUCCAUGGCACAAGCACAAGAAUCCAGCCGUGAGAGUCCUGCAGCUCCCAGGGGAGCCAGGGGGCGGGGAGCCCCCUCCCGCCAGCCCUCCCCCCGCAGAACAGGGCGGGCGGCACCUGGAAUGUGUUUGAGGGGAGGCGGAGAGCCACCGGAGCGCACCUCCCCGCCUCCAGCGUCUCCGGAGGAGCCAGCUGGCCCAGGGGGACCACAGCAAGGACCGCAGUGGAUUCUCUGUCCUCUCCCGCCUCCUCCACCCCGCUGCGCUUCCAAACGGGGGACACCGCGGGGCGUGUUGAACUGUGAGAACUGCCGGGGAAUCUUCGAACUUUCCAACGGAACUUGUUUGUUCUUUGAUUUGGUUUAAAACAGAGCUUUAAACCUCAGCGGGUUGAGAGCCUGGAAAAGGGUGGAGGGGAGAGAGAGAGGGGGGGAGGGAGAGGGUGCCUCGGGGGCCCAGGGCUGCAGGCUGGCCAAGGAAAUGGUCACUCCCCCCUCUCCUCUCAGGUCAGGAGGGGCGGCUGCCUGCUCCACCUCUGGCUCUGGGGAGAAGGGUGACCCUAAGGGGACCUUUCCACUCCCCCCUCUUCCUGCCCCUCAGAUGGCCACCAGAAACACAGGUCCUAGAGUCCAUCUAGUGCCUAAGAGCCCAGGGCCCUUCUCCCGUUUUAAGGGGGGAGUGGCAUUGGGGGCGGGGAAUGGAUGGGCCCGUCAGUAGUUCUGAACCCACCCCUGCUCUACCUUUCAGCACCUGGAGGGGUGGGGCUGGAGGAGAUGGAGAUGAGCCACCUUUGACCCCAGACAGAGACGAGGGGGCAUUCUAUUUUAUGCCCCCUGAGUAGAUCUGGCUAGGAGAUUUGCCUUAAAUGCUCCCUGUCCCAUGGAUAGGGACUGGCACAGAAGAAGCCACACACUCAGCCAACCCCAGCAGAGGCCAAGGGAUCCUCAGAGGGCGCCCAGCAGCCACUCAGCAUUUGGUGGUGGAGGUCGGAGAUGAUGGGGGGAGGCGGCAGAGAUCCGCGCGGCUGGAAAGCCGAGCGCAGGAGGAAUGCCAUCCAGCCCAGUGGGUACUGGCCGCUGGUGGGACCUGGGCUCUGGUCUGAGGCAGAGCCACUGGGCCCCCCCGGCCCCUGCAGAGACAGCCCUCCCUCCUCACUUUGGGGGACUGGCACCGGCAGGAAGUCAUCAAGAGGCCCCGCCACCCAGCUGCUCGAGCUCUGCAAUAGCACUGAUAGUGAAAACUUGGAGGAAUGUAGCAGCGAUGGAAUUACCUGGAACUGUUCUUUUUUGGGGAAAACCAAACACAGACGUUUUCUGUGUCAGGUAUUGGGCUGGAUGGGUCAGCUGUGUGUUGGGGUGUUUUGUUUUGUUUUGUUUUUCUUGUUAUUUUGUUUGGAUUUUGUUUUUGUUUUUUAAUAAUGUUUACAAUCUGCCUCAAUCACUCUGUCUUUUAUAAAGAUUCCACCUCCAGUCCUCUCCCCUCCCCCUACCCAGGCCUUCGAGGCUGAUAGGAGAUGCUUGAAGAACUCAACAAAAAUACCAAUCCAAAUCAAACUUUGCACAUAUUUAUAUUUAUAUUCAAAAAAGAAACAUUUCAGUAAUUUAUAAUAAAGAGCACUAUUUUUUAAUGAAAAA